CUUCCUUGUCGCGUCAAUUUGCUCUCGUUUUCGUUUUCGCUAAACGGAGGGAGAAAAUUUUCACCGGCAAAAUUUGGCGGGAAAGCCGAAAUCAUGAGCUCGUCGGCGGUGGAUACGGAGGCGCCGGAUCUAGUUUGCCACCUUGACAACGUCCAAGGCCUGGUGGAUGCCUUCACUGCCGUUCGAUGGAAGCGCCAUCAGGACGCCGUAAUCGAACUAUCGGAACAUGGCAUCGUUUUGAUCGUUGAAGAAUCCGGCUGUCUUCAGGCCAAAGUGUAUCUGCAGCGUGAGCUUUUCAUUCGUUAUGAAUACAGUGCACAAGCUCGGCCCAGGUUUGGAGUGAGCUUAGGCAUUUUUGUUGAUAGUUUGAAUACAUUUUCUGUUCCUGGACGUUUAAGCACCAUUGAAAUCAAAUACCCGGGACCUGACAUGCAACUUCUUUUCAAGUCAGUUGAUUCAUUAGAUGCUUGCAUUUAUGCGGAGAUCAGAACUAGAAUCCCAGAUACGAUCUCAUGGGAUUACAAUUUUGAACCUGCAGGAAGCAGCCCACUCAGUUUCACUGUCAAGUCUGCAGCACUGAAGGAAGCUAUUGAUGAUCUUGAAUGGCCUGGAUCAAGUGUCCUGAUAGCUCUACAACCAGAUCCCCCUUCUGUCACCUUCAAAGGUGAAGGCCAUGGAGAAUUGCAGGUGGAUUUCAUGUAUUAUGCAAAUACCGAUCUUCUGAUCUCAUUCCACUGCGAUCGACAAGUAUCCUACAGGUACAAAUACAAGUUUCUCCGUGCGACAACUUCGAACAUUCCGAGCAGUGUUAUAAGAGAAAACAGGGGAAGCAAAUUGACUAUUGGGAGAGGAGGAAUGCUAAAAGUUCAACACCUUGUUUCUGUUGCAAAACCAUCCACUUCACACCCUCAUAUAGAUUCUGCUGGUUAUCAGCAACCCAGUAGAAUUGCUUUCAUUGAGUUCUUUGUAAAACCAGAAGAUGCCACAAAUGAUUAGUACACCUUUUUUCAAUAUUAAUUUUUUGAAACAUUACAUCACAUUUGGAGAGGAGAAUUCGAACAUGCAACUUACUAGAGGAAAUAGAAAUGUCUUAACUGUUAAACUAUGUUUUAGGUUGGCGACUCUUUUCAAAUAUUUUGCCAUCCGUCGGCUCUUUUUGGCCUUGGUAAUGAAGUUUGCGUUCGUAGGGAUGUCUGUGACAUAA